GAUGAGCAUUAUAGAUAUAUAAUGCGUGCGCACAUUGGCGUACCACGUGACACAAACGAAGACUAGAGCAGGGAACGCAUGGUAGCAAGCGGUGCACGAAAGGUAAACUGAACCACGUGACACUGGUGUCAACUUGACAAUCAACACGCGUGGCAAUUUCGACGCUGACAGGAUGACAGGGAGAGCAAGAGGUAGAGCGAGGGGAAGAGCAAGGGGCGGGGCUGAUGCAGCAGACCAACCUGUGCGACGACCUGGUGAUUCUGCACCACCUUCUGCACCUGCACCUAGCCAAACUACAAAAGGUGCUGGACCAAUGGACAUGCCUGAAAACAUCCUGUAUUGUCGGUCCCCGGGUGGCAAUGGAAAUGGAAAUGGUAACGGUUUGCCUGCUAGUGGUCGUGCUAGUCAGAGAGGGGGAACUCGUGGUGAACCUCGUCCUGGAGGUACUGUUUCAGCACCACCUACUGGCCAGAUGGCAUCAUUGUCACUUGGGACAGGGGAUGCCCCAGGUGGAGCUAAGAAAGGCAGAAGGACAGAGUUACGCUACACUGAACCCAAGACCAGGCCAGCACAUGUAACUGAUAAAAGAGGAACAAGUGGUAAACCAAUACCAGUGUUGACAAACUAUUAUAAGUUGGAAUCUGCACCAACUUGGCACCUGUACCAAUAUCAUGUAGCUUUUGAUCCACCUGUUGAGAGUAAGAAACUUCGUUUUGGCCUAAUGCAUGACCAUGAUGAAAUGCUUGGAAAGACUCGUGCCUUUGAUGGCCUGAUGAUGUUUUUGCCUCACAAGUUGCAGAAUGAGGUAACAGAAGUUUACUCCUCAAGGCGUUCUGACAAUUCCAAAAUCCGAAUUACAAUCAAGCUUGCUGCUGAGCUUCCCCCAACUUCUCCUACUUGUAUCCAAAUAUACAAUGUCAUAUUUAGAAGGAUCCUAAACAUGCUGGAUAUGGAACAGAUUGGGCGACACUACUUUUCUAAACACCAAGCCAUCCCCAUUCCUCAGCACAGGCUGCAAGUUUGGCCAGGGUUCACAACUUCCAUACUCCAGUAUGAGAACAACGUCAUGUUGUGUGCAGAUGUCGCACACAAGAUACUUAGAGCCAGCACUAUGCUAGAUGACAUGUAUGAUUUGCAUUAUCAAAAUCCAAGAGGCUUCCAUGAUAUGUGUGUAAGGAAAUAUAUUGGGGAGAUUGUAAUGACAAGGUACAACAACAAGACUUACAGAAUUGAUGACAUAGAUUGGGAUUCCAACCCAGGCUGCACUUUUAAGCUUCGCAAUGGGGAAGAGACCACGUUUGCGGACUACUAUAAAAGUCAUCACAAUGUUACCUCACUGGACAUGACUCAACCUCUGAUCAUAAGCAGACCAAAGAAGAGGGACAUAGCAAGUGGCCAGGAAGGACCAAUCAAAUUGCUCCCAGAACUUUGCUGGAUUACUGGUUUGUCUGAUGAUGUGCGAGCAGACUUUAAUGUCAUGCGAGAUCUUGCCACACAUACACGUGUUGCCCCUGAACAGCGCUGCAAAACACUGCAGAAUUUCCUUCACAGGAUCAAGAGACUACGUGUAUUUCAGACUACAAAAGGUGCUGGAUCACUGGACAUGCCCGAAAAUAUCCUGUAUAGUCGUACCCCGGGUGGCAAUGGAAAUGGAAAUGGUAACGGUUUGCCUGCUAGUGGUCGUGCUAGUCAGAGAGGGGGGACUCGUGGUGAACCUCGUCCUGGAGGUACUGUUUCAGCACCACCUACUGGCCAGAUGGCAUCAUUGUCACUUGGGACAGGGGAUGCCCCAGGUGGAGCUAAGAAAGGCAGAAGGACAGAGUUACGCUACACUGAACCCAAGACCAGGCCAGCACAUGUAACUGAUAAAAGAGGAACAAGUGGUAAACCAAUACCAGUGUUGACAAACUAUUAUAAGUUGGAAUCUGCACCAACUUGGCACCUGUACCAAUAUCAUGUAGCUUUUGAUCCACCUGUUGAGAGUAAGAAACUUCGUUUUGGCCUAAUGCAUGACCAUGAUGAAAUGCUUGGAAAGACUCGUGCCUUUGAUGGCCUGAUGAUGUUUUUGCCUCACAAGUUGCAGAAUGAGGUAACAGAAGUUUACUCCUCAAGGCGUUCUGACAAUUCCAAAAUCCGAAUUACAAUCAAGCUUGCUGCUGAGCUUCCCCCAACUUCUCCUACUUGUAUCCAAAUAUACAAUGUCAUAUUUAGAAGGAUCCUAAACAUGCUAGAUAUGGAACAGAUUGGGCGACACUACUUUUCUAAACACCAAGCCAUCCCCAUUCCUCAGCACAGGCUGCAAGUUUGGCCAGGGUUCACAACUUCCAUACUCCAGUAUGAGAACAACGUCAUGUUGUGUGCAGAUGUCGCACACAAGAUACUUAGAGCCAGCACUAUGCUAGAUGACAUGUAUGAUUUGCAUUAUCAAAAUCCAAGAGGCUUCCAUGAUAUGUGUGUAAGGAAAUAUAUUGGGGAGAUUGUAAUGACAAGGUACAACAACAAGACUUACAGAAUUGAUGACAUAGAUUGGGAUUCCAACCCAGGCUGCACUUUUAAGCUUCGCAAUGGGGAAGAGACCACGUUUGCGGACUACUAUAAAAGUCAUCACAAUGUUACCUCACUGGACAUGACUCAACCUCUGAUCAUAAGCAGACCAAAGAAGAGGGACAUAGCAAGUGGCCAGGAAGGACCAAUCAAAUUGCUCCCAGAACUUUGCUGGAUUACUGGUUUGUCUGAUGAUGUGCGAGCAGACUUUAAUGUCAUGCGAGAUCUUGCCACACAUACACGUGUUGCCCCUGAACAGCGCUGCAAAACACUGCAGAAUUUCCUUCACAGGAUCAAGAGCACACCAAAAGUGCAGGAGGAGAUGAGUGGCUGGGGUUUGAAAUUUGCUGAUAACCUCCUAAACAUUCAAGCAAGAAUACUUCCACCAGAAAAGAUUUUCCUGAAAAAGAAAGUUUGCAACUACAAACCAUCUGAGGCAGAUUGGUCCAGAGAAUGUCGCAGUGAUCCACUGAUUUCCACUGUUGCACUGACAAACUGGAUGAUGGUCUUCCCUCAGAGAGAGGCAGCCAAAGCACAGGACUUCUAUCAGUCCUUGUGCAGGGUUACUGGACCCUUGGGCAUACAAAUUAAUGACCCUGCUAUGUUCCAGUUACCAGAUGAUAGCACCAACAGGUAUCUCACUACUAUUAAGACGGAGAUGACCAGAGAAACCCAGAUGGUUGUGUGCAUUGUGCCAAACAACAAAAAAGAUCGUUAUGAUGCCAUAAAGAAACUUGUUUGUGUGGACCACCCAGUUCCCAGCCAGAUUAUUGUUGGACGUACACUUGCCAAGAAGCAGAUGCUCAUGUCGGUGGCCACAAAGAUUGCGAUACAGCUGAAUUGUAAACUUGGCGGUGAAGCUUGGGCAGUGGAAAUUCCGCUUAAGAACAUGAUGGUAGUGGGCAUUGACAGCUAUCAUGACUCUGCUUCCAAAGGUCGAUCUGUAGGUGGCUUUAUAGCUAGUAUGAAUGCCAGUCUUACCCGCUUUCACAGCAGGUGCACUUUCCAACAUAACCAUCAGGAAUUGCUGGAUGGCAUCAAAGUGUGCAUGCAAGCAUCCCUUAGACACUACAAUGACAUUAACCAGAGUCUCCCUGAAAGGAUUGUUGUGUUCCGAGAUGGAGUUGGAGAUGGGCAACUACCUGCAGUAGUGGAGCAUGAAAUUCCUCAGAUGCUCGACUGCUUUAAGUCUAUUAGCCCAGGUUACAAUCCCAAAACGGCAGUUGUGGUUGUAAAGAAGAGAAUCAACACAAGGUUCUUUGCAAGAUCUGGCCCAGGCUUGGAGAACCCUCCACCAGGGACCGUCAUUGACACAGAAGUCACACGUCCAGAAUGGUAUGACUACUUCCUGGUCUCCCAGUCUGUACGUCAGGGUACUGUGACUCCAACUCACUAUAAUGUUGUUUGGGAUACUUCUGGCUUGAGACCAGACCAUAUGCAGCGCCUCACAUACAAGCUGUGUCAUCUGUAUUACAAUUGGCCAGGUACCAUUCGUGUCCCAGCACCCUGUCAGUAUGCACAUAAAUUGGCAUUCCUUGUUGGCCAGAGCAUACAUAAAGAUCCAGCCCUGGCCCUCUCAGAUAGAUUGUUCUUCCUGUAAGGCAAGCAAGCACAUCAUUCCAUGCUAUGAGGAGAAUCACCGUCCAGAUAACGGCAUUGUACAAAAUCUACAUAGAAGGAGCAAAUGAAAGAGGAUAUGUUUCCUUCAGGGGAUGUAGAUUGGGUCAUAAAUAAGAAUGCUGCUUUCUUUUUCAAGCUUAAACUUUUGCUGUAUGGUCAAAAAAGAACCUGCAGCUUGGCUCCUGUCUUGAGUAGCUGAUAUUAACCCCUUGAGAAAAGGGUUGUUUUUGUUGUAAUGAGCAGUUGGGUCUCAAAGGACAAGAUGUCUAUUUUUGCUUUAAUUUCUGUGUAAGUUUUACAGAUGGUCUCAGUCUAUUUUAGUAAGGUUUAAGAUUAACAUAUAAAAAAAAUAAUGAAGGUAAAAGCAUAUGCUGCAUGUCCUCAUUGUCAUUGUCCUUUAUUUUUACUUAGCAGGAAAAAUGAAAGGCGUUUCCCUGAAUUUUUCAAGUUCUUUGAAUAAUUAGUGUACUGAAAAUUCCUGCAGCAUUGAUUUUCUCUUUUCUGAAAAUUUGGUUAUGAAAACAGUUGACAUAAUACAGUGUUUUGAGAUAUAAGAAGCUUGUUGAGGAAAGGGGAAUGACAUUGCAAGGUAUUCAGUAAAAUGGUUCCUGAGCCAAAUAAACUUUGCUGAAAAGGUUACUUGUUAUCUGUUUGUAAAGCAAGCUUAUUGCAUUAAAACGAAUGCCCCUAAAAGAAUUAUCAAUUUGUGUUUAUAAUGAUUCCAUUGUCUAGGAAUCGUAGUUAGUUUUUAUGUAUUUCACCCAAAAUUCCAUUAGUUUUACGUAUUCUAGUUGAAAAACUGGGUGUUAGUUAUAAUGUUUCUUAAUGAGAGUUGACUCAGGUGGUUUAUGUUGCAAUACACUAAAUAGACUAGUCAGAGAUGAUUAAUACUUUGAAAAAAAAAGAUAAAGUGAAUUUCUUUGUACCAAUGCUCAGCAUGGCUUGGCAAAGUUCUAAGAAAUUUGUUGGGUUUAUGACUUCAAGGUAUUAUUAUUAUUACUAUUAUUAUUAUUAUUAUUAUUAUAGAUGAGUUUGUUUCCAUAUUGCUGGAAGGAGAAAGUAGGUAGCUUUUUUUUUUUGUGUAAGAAUGAAGUAAGUUGUGUGAUUGGUCACUGUUAUGUGAUGAAAAAUGGGCCAAACAAUUGUAUCUAAACUAAAUCAAAAAGAAACUUUGGCAGAAGGUGGUUCUGAGUUUUGUUAAGAGCAACUGAAGUUCAGCUAAAAGAAAAAAAGAUCAAGGAAUGGUUUUACACAAGAACUGUAACUUUAUAUUUAAACUUUAGGACUGGGUUCCCAUAAACCCAUGGUACCAGCUGGAUCAAUCUAAUUCUGCAGGGAUUCUUGCUAAAUUACAUUCAGUGUAAGCGGGUGAAAUGUCUGGCAUGCUUACUCAAGCUGCUAGGGGGUAAGUGACAGUAGGCAAUUACCCCCUAGUUACUCAGGGGGAUGAACCAGAAAAUUGAUCUGAUUACACUGAAAGCACUUUAGCAAGAGUUCCCGCAGACUUGGAUCGAUCCACGUAGUACACUAGGUUUAUGGGAACAGUCCUUAAGAAUAAGCCCUCUUCAGCUCAGGAUCCAAUCACAGAAGUUUAUCCAUAGUUAAAAUAUAGCAGAUAUUGGUAUUACCAUUAGCUUCGACUUUCCUGUUUGAAAUAAAUUGGAUAAAUGUAAGUUCAACUACUGAUUUAUCAUGGGUCAAAUAAAAAGACUGCUCACCAAUGAGAGAGUGAGCCGAAAACAAUGAUGGAUACAGCACCUGAAAAAGUACUUUCUUGGCUUGGGUCUGACAUAAGUUAGUGAGUACUACGGUUUAUAACUGCAGUAAAUGGUUUUUGAUGCAAUGAUUCCUUGCAGACCACCAUUGCUGUUACAAUGGCCCUAGAAGAGUUUAAGUAAAUGAGGGGUGUGAAUGGAUGAGGUGAAGGUAUCACUUGGCAUUAUGGUAUUGGUAAUCUAAGUGCAGUUGUAUAAAUUUAAAUUUUGCGUGGAUAAUGCUCCGGCAUUCUAUAAUAGAUACUUUUGCUCUUUCAGUGUUAUAAAUUGCUUUACUACUUAAGGCAUAAUCUCCUUUAAGAAAACUGACACAACAGACUUGUUUUAUUUGUUCGUCUAUGAAAAGAAACUUUUAAUACUAAUUUUUCAGUUUUAUACAACAGUGGAUCAGUCCUUGCCAACAGCAGUAAGGUUUUUCUGUUAAAAAAAUAUUUUUGAAAUUACAAAGUUGUGCUAUAUAUACAGUAAGAAGCUUAACUGAAAGCACAAAUAGAAGUUACAUGGCAAUGACUAGAAGUGGUGAAUUUCUAGCCAGUUUAGUAUGUUAAAAAGUUAAGAAAAGAAACCGGGGAUGCAGGUUGCAUUCUAUGCACUGUUAACUUUCAUAUUGCAUUACCCUUACCAAAAUAUCAGGCCUGCUGCAAAUUCGCAGCAAAUUUGCUGUAAACUGCAAUUCCUUGCAGAUUUGCUGCAAAUGGCAGCAAGAAAUCUUUUCUUGCACACUCCUGAAAACUUUUGCUAAGGGUAGGUAUCCAAGCGUUAACAUUUAUCAGUAUGUUGUAUAUAACUCAUUUUGUAUUAGUUGGGUAUCAUCUAUUUUUUUAACUGACUGAUUACAGAAGAAUCUCGAACAACGAGUCGAAUUUAGCAUUUUCAAAUUUUGUAUUACUGUUCAAAAGUUAGUUGUUAAAAUAAAACUUGAAAUUGUAA